AUGGCGUCUCCGGUCCCCUCAAUGAGCGCAUUACGUGCGCUACGUCAAUCAAUUCAGCCCCAAAUACAACAGAAAAAUCAAGUGCGACACGCGACACUGCUCCGCCGACCGAAGCGACCUUAUACCUUCACACAACUCAUAACCCUCUCGGACGGAAGCGCCUUCACUGUACGAACAACGAACCCCCAGCCCGUGUACAAGAGCGCAAAAGAUAUCCGCAACUCGCCGCUAUGGAAUCCCAGUUCGCAGAAGCUAUUAAAUGUGGAAGAGGACGAGGCCGGAAAAUUGGCUGCUUUCAGAGCCAAAUUCGGGCGAGGAUGGGAUGCCGAGACCGACGCCGACAAGGGCAAGCAAACGGAAGAUCAUCUUUUGGAUCUCAUCAGCCGCCAGGGCAAGAAGACAGCAGCGCCACCGACAGAUGCUACCAAGGCCCCGCCUGCGAAAGCGCCGGCGUCAACCCCAGCAAAACCAGCGGGAAAGAAAUGA